AGAAAACUAGGUGUGGACUUUUUUGAGUUUUUCUUUCAGCCCACCCUCCCUUCCAAUUCAAGACAAUCACAUGGUCCUACUCCUUCCUCCUCUGUCCCGAUUCUGAAUUUAUUUUUCCGUCCCUCAGGAACAAACCUGUUGGAUAAUAUUUCUGAAAUCAUCCUCCCAAGAUGUUCCUUCAAUCCUUACAAUUCUCCUGACAUUCCUCUCAGAUCUCCGGAACCUGUCUCUUUUCCGCAUUCUAUUAUAUGUCUUGUUCAACCUCUCACCGGAAGCAGAUUUUGACGGCUCUGAACUUCGUGUACCGAUUGAAUCCAUUCAUCAAUCAAUUUUACUCUGAUCAAGUUCCAAAUUUCUUCUUACUUCAAGCCAAGAGAUUGAGAUUCCGUUAGCAAUGAACUUUUUCCAUACAGGAUUGGGGAUUCGUGUAAAGAAACACUAGACAAAGUCACUGUGAAGUAAUAGGUAGGUGCUGCUUUGUGUUAAUUGUAGAUGGACCGACGAAGUUGGCUAUGGCGCAGGAAGUCAUCUGAGAAGAGUCCUGGUGAAACUGAGAGUUCAGGGUCAAUAUCGUCUUAUUCGGAAAGAUUCUUUGAUGAUCAGGCAUAUCCAACCCAAACUAAUCCAUCACCAGAAGUCACGUCUAAAGCUGCACCCAUUGAAGAAGUUAGUGACGUGAAGAUUCUAACAGAAAAAUUAUCUGCUUGUCUUCGAAACAUCAGGGCCAAAGAAGACUUGGUAAAGCAGCAUGCAAAAGUUGCUGAAGAAGCUGUCUCAGGCUGGGAGAAGGCUGAAAAUGAAGUAUUGUCUUUGAAACAACAACUUAAUUCUGCAAAUCAGAAGAACUCAACUCUUGAAGAUCGAGUUAGUCAUCUUGACGGGGCACUCAAGGAGUGUAUGAGGCAAUUGAGACAAGCUAGAGAAGAACAAGAGCGAAAGAUCAAUGAAGCUGUUGCAAAUAGCUCUCGUGACUGGGAAUCCAAAAUAUCUGAGCUUGAGGCUCAACUUCAAACUGCUAAAGCUGAAUCUUCUGCAUCAAUUCGUUCUGAUCUUCACCUUAGACUUGAGGCUGUGGAGAAAGAAAAUUCAGGACUUAAACUUGAGCUGCAAUCUAGACUUGAGGAACUAGAAUUCAGGAUCGUUGAGAGAGAUUUGAGUGCAGAAGCUGCUGAAACAGCGAGCAAGCAACAUCUUGAGUGCAAAAAGAAGGUGGCUAAACUUGAAGCUGAGUGCCAGAGACUAAAAGCCAUAAUUCGUAAAACAUUUUCUGCUAAUGAUCACAAAUCUUUGGCUUCCUCUUCAGUUUAUGUGGAGUCCUUUGCAGAUAGCCUGUCAGAUAGUGGAGAAAGGCUACAGGCUAUUGAAAGUGAUGUGCGCAAAUCAGGUGGCUGGGAGAUGAAUGAAUGCGGGCCAAGUCGUUCUGACUCAUGGGCAUCCGCUUUAAUCACAGAACUUAAUCAGUUUAAGAAUGAAAAGGCCAUUGGAAAAAAUCUUGUGGCCCCUCCAGUUGAGAUCACUCUCAUGGAUGAUUUUCUUGAGAUGGAAAGACUUGCUGCACUGCCAGAUACAGAAAGUAGAAGCAUUUCUGCUGAGGCAGGACUGGCAUCAAGUCAACCCAAUGCUGACCAAAACGCAAUCAGAGAUGAACUGCAAGCUAUAAUUCAAAAGAAUACUGAAUUGGAGGAAAAGGUGGAAAAGAUGGAAGCAGAUAGACUUGAGAAAGAGAUGGCAUUUGCUGAGUGCCGAAAGCAGCUUCAGGCAUCACAGAGUCGAGUAAAGGAAGCAGAGUUGAAGGUAGCAGAGCUUCAAACUAAGUUAGCUCUUGUAAAUAAGACAAAUCAAGAAGCUUAUGAAGAACUGAAGUCAACCAAAACAAAAUAUAAGGAAACUGCAUCAAAAUUAAGAAUUGUUCAAAGCGAAGUAGAGGAUUUGGUUUCAAAAAUUGGUUCAUUGGAGAAGGAGAUUGAGAAGGAGCGAGCUUUGUCUGCCGAGAAUGUUGCCAAGUGUGGGAGGAUGGAAGUUGAACUUUCAAGGAUGAAGCAUGAAUCUCAACUAGAGCUAGAGGCUGAGAAAAUGCACAGAGAAGGCGUUAACAUUGAGUUGAAGUUAAAGCAGGAGAAGGAACUUGCUUUGGCUUCUAGUAGGUUUGCUGAGUGCCAAAAGACCAUUGCAUCUCUUGGUCAUCAGUUAAAGUCCCUUGCAACACUGGAAGAUUUCCUGCUUGAUUCAGAGAACCCUAUGGACCUAACUCGUGAAGUUACGCCAAGUCCUAAAAAUGGCGCUGAUCCCUUGAAAUUACAUCACUUCGAUCUGCCUAAAAGAAAUCCUGAGUCAUCAAUAUUGUUAAAAUCAUCUUGUGACCAUGAGAAAAGCCGCAAUGGUUUUGGUAAGUUCUCUGCUAGAAGUAAGAGUGUAAGCAGAACAGGAACUCACUGAAUUAAGUCAUACUUAAAUGUGUUUAUUCGUCCCUUACAGUCUCCUGGAUUCAACAUUUAUGAAUCCAAAGUUACAUAUUUUACUUUAAAAGCACUGGUUGCAGAAGCACAAGUUGCUCAAAGCAUAUAGUUAUGUGUAAAUCCCAAUACUUGUAAAGAAAAUGGUUUUGAUGACCUGUUAUCUUACAGCUGUCUUUGCUUUGCUUCUUUAAUUCAUUGGUCAGUUCAACAAUGAGACAAGAAUCCCAUAUAUCAGGUGGAAAUUUUUGGUUCUAAUCAUGCAACGGGAUCACCUAGACAAGUUGAUUUUUU